AUGCUUGAUGCCCGCGCUGCCGUUUCUACGUUCAGCGCCGCCGCUUUUGCAUCUCAGCUCGCCAACGAUGAGGGUCACCGUGGUGCGACAUGCAUUGAUCCGACCCAAGUUGCAGCCUGGGUGCUGGGGAGUUGCGACUAUGUCUCUUACCUGGCCUGUGAUGCGGAUGGCGCGCACGCCGCCGGCGAUGGUCGAGGAUUGCAGCGGUGGAAAAGUGGCAGGGCCGUGGAUGGCAAGGGAAGCAAGUCGCCAAUUAAAUCCAUAUUGGAAAAAGUUGUGUCAAUAACCAGAGUUGAUUGGUCUUUCAAGUUGUCAGAAUCUUUGUGGGCAUAUAGAACUGCUUACAAGACACCACUGGGAAUGUCACCAUUUAGAUUGAUUUAUGGGAAAGCUUGUCAUCUGCCAGUGGAACUAGAACACAAAGCUCAGUGGGCACUAAGAAGAUUGAACAUGGACAGUGAUUUAGCAGGAAAAGCAAGGAAAUUGCAGUUAUGUGAACUGGAAGAAUUAAGGAGAGAUGCUUAUGAAAGCUCAAGGAUUUACAAGGAAAAGACCAAGCUAUGGCAUGAUAUGCACAUCAUUCGGAAGAAAUUUGUUCCAGGACAACAAGUGUUGGUAUAUGACUCCAGGUUCCAUCUGUUUCCUGGGAAAUUUAAAUCCAGAUGGUAUGGGCCGUGCACUGUUGAAAAGGUUUAUGCAAAUGGGGCAGUGCUUGUACAAAGUCAAUCUCAUGGGUCAUUCCUGGUGAAUGGGCAGAGACUGAAACACUAUUUGUAUGGAGAACCAUUGACUAUCCCUGAUGAACAUGACGAUGAGCAAGAUAACACUGAAACAGGAGGCAUGGUGGCUUCAGCAACCUCCCCUGUAGCUUGA